AUGGCGCAGGAAGCAAAGAACGGGCAGCCGUGGGGUGGAGCAGCCAGCGAGGGCGAGGACUGCGGAGUGUGCGACGACAAGAUGGAGGACAUGCUGCGGGGGCCACCGGGGCGGGCGGCGCUGGGGCGGGCGACAUGGACGCUACUGCACACUGCGUCGGUGUACUAUCCGGAGGACCCGUCGGCCGGCGAGCAGGAAGACAUGGCCGCCUUUCUCGCCUCGCUGGCCAAGGUCUAUCCCUGCAAGGUCUGUGCUGAGGAUCUACGCCAGCAGAUCGAGCUCUUCCCGCCGGCGCUUGGCUCGCGCGCCGAGUACGCCCAGUGGAUGUGCGACAUGCACAACCGCAUCAACUACAACCUCGGCAAGCCCGAGUUUGACUGCUCGCGUGUCUUUGAUCGCUGGCGCAAGGCGUCGGCCAAGGCGUCGGCCAAGGCGUCGGCCAAGGCGUCGGCCGCGUCCUCGUCGCCGACAUCGUAGCCAUGCCACUGUGCCACCCGCACCAGACGCAUCGCCUGCGAUCAUCGCGUGCCUGCUCCAGACGUAUCGACUGUGCUCACCUUUGCACCCGACCGAUCUGCUCCAACCCUCAUCGAGUGGAUCCCCGUCAGCCGAGCCACC